AUGAGCAACAGAUUACUUCGUUUCACUUCACGAAUGCAAAGACGGUGUUUUUCGGUUGACGAAUCUGUAAAAAAGUCAACGAAAAAGGACUUUGAGUAUUGUGUUGAUUUGGUUCAAAAUCGCGAUCGUGAGGGAUACCUAUGUGGACUGUUGAUGCCACAUGACGCUAGGAGAUCAUAUUUUGCAAUCAGAGCUUUCAAUGUUGAACUCGCAUCAAUAAAGGAUGCCAGAAAAUCCGAGGGGGGUGAAUUUGACGCAGCUUCAUUGGCAUUGAAAAUUCGUGUUCAAUGGUGGCAAGAUGCAUUGAAUCAAGUGUUUGGUGAUAUCGAUGAGCAAGUGGCGGCUGGAGGGAUAUCCUUAGAUAUGGCAACAUCAUGCUGGAACAAUCCAGUGGUUCGCUUACUAAACGAUGCAGUUCAUGAAAGCAAUCUAACAAAGCGGUUUUUGGAAAGACUGCUGGAGGCUCGAGCAGCUGACCUCGAUGUUAAGCAACUAGCCACCCUUGCUGAAGCCAUUGAUUAUUCGGAAAACACAUUUUCGAGUCUACUUUAUUUGUCCCUUGAAUCUGCAGGUGUUCGAGAUGAUGCAGCUGAUACGGUUGCUUACAAUGCCGGUAUUGGAAUCGGCCUUGUUACAGCAUUGCGUAGUGCUCGGUUCAGAUUGGUAAGAGGUGAAUGUGCGAUCCCACAAGAGCUUAUCGCUAAGGGAUUCCCUUACCACAAGUUUAAUCUUGAAGAUCCCAAAGCCGAGAUGACUGAAGGGGACGUGCAAAUGUUGCAAGAUGCUGUGUUUGAAAUGUCACAAAAGGCCUCUUUACACUUUUCAGAGGCAAGGGAGAAUCAAAGUGUGGUACCAAAGCACGCGAGACCAUGCCUUCUCCCAGUUGUCCCAGCGUUCCAUCAUUUGUCAAAGCUUGAAAAAGUAAAAUACAACAUCUUCGACGAUACGCUUUUGGAGCAGGACCAAUUGACUGGGCUCCUCUUGCUAGGGCGCACUUGGCUCACGGGAGUGUUCUGA